UAGCCAUUCCCAACGGCUAGUUUGAUGACAACGGUCAAAUUUUAACUCUAUUACAUAAUAGACAACUGUAGCUCUUUCUCCAAAAAUAUAUGGAUGGGUCGGAGGUUUUUUUUGCUGUGGAGAUUUUCCUUCCUGUUAUGUUAAUUUUUCCUUCUCUUCCUUCCAUCAUUACUAAAAAACCAGAAGGAAAAGAAAUCGGGCGAGGAAAGGAGGAGAUGGAGAAGGGGGUCUUUGAAGAUGACAAGGAAAGACUGAAACUCAGCCGAAAAUUGGGUCUCAAACCACCGCAUAUCAAGUUCUGGUUCCAAAACCGGCGAAACCAGAUGAGGAAAUUCGCCCCCUUCGUUUUUCACUGUUUCAUGGCUGGAUAUGCUUUUUGUACAGUUGUACCAUAGUUUCAUCGAUGACUUUGAGUCAAAAAACAACCUUCUGAAGCUUGCCUACUGUGCUGUUAUAGUUUCUCAACAGUAUUAGAGAAAGCAGUCAUUAGUUAUCUUGAAUGGGGUUGAGGAGCUUAGGCACGACAAGAGAGAGAAUUCGACAGCAUGCUGUAUAUUGAUCCAUCUGCAUAUGCUAGAUAUUUUUUAUUCAGUUAUGUGGAACUUAAUUUGAUUGUGUUGUAACACUAGGAUAAUUGUUAAUAAUAAAAGAUGAUAUAGAUUUGUUGGUGUUA